UGUAUGCAUUUGCCGACUCUCUCUCUCUCUCUCUCUCUCUCCCUUUACUUAUUAACCAAAACUAGCUUCUCUCGGAGUUUCUAUCAUCCACCACCAUCAUCACCACCACCAUCAUCGUGGUCGUCAAAUCAUGUCCUCCCAUACCGAUCUCUCUUCUCCGACACCGGCGUCCAGGUCGGAGAACCGAAUCUCCGGCGCGCCCCAGCCGAAGAAACCGCCAUCUUCCUCCACCUCCGCCGGAAAACCGCCGCAGGAGCAGCAACAACAAACCCUAAAAUGUCCAAGAUGCAACUCUCCAAACACCAAGUUCUGCUACUACAACAACUACAGCCUGUCUCAGCCCCGACACUUCUGCAAGACCUGUCGCCGCUACUGGACACGUGGCGGCGCCCUUAGGAACGUCCCUGUCGGCGGCGGAUGCCGGAAAACCAAGAGAUCCUCCGCCGUCAAGCCCUCCUCCAUCGCCGCUGCCGCUUGCUCCACGUCUUCUUCUCCACUGUUCAUGGAAGAUUCUUCCAAGUUUUUCCACGGUCUGGUUCCUCCGCCGAUGGAUUUCCAACUUGCCGGAUUAUCCUUCAACAAGAUCGUGAACAUAAACCCUAACGAAACAAACAAUCUCCACCACCUUUCUCCUUCUCCUCCUUCUUUGUUCGGAGAGCAAACCUCGACCGUCGAUGUCGGGUCGGGUUUAUCCCUGAUGGGUUUCGGAGAUUUUGCGGUUACGAAUACUUCAACGUUCACCGGAGCUCCGGGAACUGUCGGUGUCGAUGGGAAUCUUGCUUCUUCGAUAGAGACUUUGAGUUCUUUGAACCAAGAUUUGCACUGGAAGCUUCAGCAGCAGAGGAUGGCUAUGCUCUUUGGCUCGGAGGAGACGACUAAUUGCUCGGAAGCCGCCUCCAACGGCGUCGUGGAGAGGCCGCAGCCGAUUCUAUUCAGGAAUCUUGAGACGAACUCCUCCAGAAGAGAAGUCUCAGGCGACAAUACUCCUACGGAGUGGUAUUUUGGUAAUUCUGCCUACACCAUCCCCAAUAACAAUAAUGGUCAAGUCAAUGCCACUUCCACUACAAGCCAUGUUUGGAAUGGUGUUCAAGCUUGGACUGAUCUCAAUCAAUACAAUACUUUGCCAUGAUUGAUGGGUUCGACUUCGAAUUACAGUCUCGGACACUGAUCACAUAUAUAUUGCAAAGGAAGGCUAGAAGACGAUCAAAUUAAAGGGGAUGAAAAACUAUAUAUAUUUCUAUAUAUUUGUCUUAAGGUAUGGUGUAAUAUUUCUCUCUCUCUCUCUUUUCGUUCUUCUUUUGCGUUUUAUUGUAUUCUUCCAUCUUUAGUUGUUGGUUGACGCUUUCCAACUUGUAAACAUUUGGAGUAAACUUGACGAGGAGAGGUGGAUUCUCUCUCUUUUCUUAUGUCAAUUUUAUCAUCUUAUUAUAUGAUUAUGAGUUU